GUCCUAUAAGCGGGUUCUAUAUUAAACUGCUCCGGUUACCGGUCGCUCGUUCGACUGUCCAUCGUUCAGUCACUGAUCUGUCAGUGGAGAACCACCACCGUCGGUAGAACGCUUGUACUCGUUUCCCGCACGAUUUCCAUCCCGCGAACCCGGGGCUUUCCCGAUGGACGAUAAUGUUUGAUCCGAUCGACAGGUUCUCUCGCGUGUGACGGAAGUGCGUGGCCAAUCGAAAGAACCGAUCGUCGCUGUCGAGCGCACGGAGGUCGAAGCAGGAUCAGCAACGAGAUCGCGCGCGUUCGAUCUCGUGUACAAGGUAAUUUUUCUCGCUCGCGAAGAUAGCGGAGGGAGAAUACGGAACACGGCGAUAUUAUCGAUGACAUAGACAAAUUCGUCGACGGGACCCAUCGAAUCAGAUCAGAGCUGCUUUAAAUUCAACGACCUAAACGUGCGAAGGCAAGAAGCGAAGUUCGGUGUACUUUCCGAGACUUUGUUUUUUCCAUUGUUUCUGAUAUAUUCAGUUUUGAACAGGCUCUUUAUUUGCCAAUAGUGAACAAUUAUCUAUCGUCAUUUUAACGAAGCUUGUUAUACGGCGGUGCUGUGCGUGAAUUAAUCGCAAGUGUCAUACAGACACCGUGGAAGUUCUCCUGUCGUUAUGCUCGAAGAGAUCUGUCUGGUUGGAACACUAAUGCACAAUAAUUGCUGAUAUCGCAAUCGGAUCUUGAGAUAAUUUUGAUCGAAACCCCUCGCUUCAAUCAUGUUGAGAGCAAUUGUUCUGCUGCUUCUCUACGUCUUCUGCGACAUUGCAUUGGCAGCGCAUUGCGGAAAAGUAUGGCUCACGGUUUCCUCUUUGUGGAGACCAAUCCCUAGCUAUGACAAAAUGGUCGAUACCGAAUUGGAAGUAAAUUGGGAACUAGAUUGUCCGGAGGAAGCGGGAUACCCAGAUACCAUCAAGGUGUUCACUGCUGACCCAGCACAUAACAAAACGUUGAAGCCUAAAUUGAUCUUAACUUCCUUGCAACAUCCCCGUGGAUAUUACAGGACAAAUAUCACAGUCGGUCGUCCGCCACUACCAGGAGGAUGGGACACAAAGGAUGGGGCAACUCUUUCGGGAUCUCAUUGCUUCAAGCACCAUGCAGCACUUUAUAAAGACGGUAUCAUGUACGCCAAUGCUUGUUUGCAAAUUUGGCCGACGUGGAUGUACGAUUUGAGGAGACAACUCGGCAGGCUUCCUAUCGGCAGCCUGAUGAUACCCGGGACACACAAUUCCGGCUGUUACAAGCACGGUGACCUGACGCGAAAGGAUUCCCUUCAGCGGUAUUUGCUGACGCAAGAUCGCGACGUAUGGACGCAGUUGGUGCACGGCAUAAGGUAUCUGGAUAUCAGGGUUGGAUAUUACCCGUCGAUACCGAACGGCACCGCUCUUGACGAGGAGGGCGACCAUAUGAGUAGAUUCUGGAUCAACCACGACAUCGUUCGCAUCACACCUCUUUCAGACAUUAUAAGAGAUGUGAGGAACUUCCUGGACGUGACGAGGGGCGAAGUCGUCGUUAUGGAUUUUCAUAGGUUUCCCGUGGGCUUGGAAGGUAAGCUAAAUAGACAUCGAAAACUGGCAUCUAUUUUAUAUCGAGAAUUCGAAGGUUGGAUUUUAAAACCAGACAUAGGAAUCGACGGUCUGGGGCCAACAUUAAAUGACAUCUGGAGCACCGGGAAGAGAUUAAUUAUUUGCUACGGCGACAAGCACACAGUAAAUGAAUACGACUGGCUGUGGCCGCCCUUGACGCAAGUAUGGGGCAAUCAACAAACCGUGGAGGGUCUGUUCAAGUACUUGAACAAAGUAAUUCUGGAGCCAAAAACGCCUAGGAAUAGUCAGAAUCCACUGUGGGCGGUGAUGGCAGAAUUGACGCCGUUUCCGCUGGAUGUACUCUUUAAUAUAUCUAACGGACUUCGGCAGAUGGCUGAUUCCGUUAACCGAAACCUCACUAUCAAGUUUCAAACGAACUGGUGGAAGGAGACGAACAUCGUCGCUACAGACUUUUUCCUUGGCAAUAACCUGAUCGAUGUCUCGAUACAAUCGAACAUAAAAAAGAGCAACAUUGCGCAAUGGCGUUUGUAGCACGAAAAUAGCAAGAAAGAUUCGUCUCGAAAACAAUUGCUCCCAAUAAACCUGUAUAAAUUACGUCGGAACAGAUAUGUCGCGCAUAAAAAUCAACGAUUUAUACGAUUAUUGAUGAUUGUACGAAAUUUAUAAGGGAAAGACAGAGGAACGAAAACUCAUUUAUCUAUUAUAUGAUACUAUGUUGCGAAGAGAGAAAAAAGAAGUACUAACAAACAAUAAUACAACCUACUAACUAAUGAAGAAUGUUAACGGCAAAUUACGACGCGAACUUCGACAAGUUUACGAAUACUUGCACUCUACAACGUAAGCUCUAUUGACUUUGCGAAUAAAAAUCUCACGAGUCUUUGUUCACAGAAUUCACUCGUAUGAACACGUGCAUACAUCAGUUAGCGAAUGGUGCAUUUCACGAGUUAGUAUUAAUAACGACAGCUAUUUUCAUGUAACGCUCACAUCACUUCGAAUUUGUUUUAAACUUUUUACUCGUACGAGCUAUGUAUGUUUGCGUCGAUGAGAGUAUUUUAAUCUUUCAAUUUAUUUCCUAUGAAAAGCUAUCGUCCCUCUUCGCUCUCAAUGUUGCAUUGCUCAAUUGCGGUAUAUAUGAACCGCGACAAUUUUUAUUAAGGAAAAAAUUAAAAAAAACAAGGGGUUUUAUAAAAUAUGGUUAUCAAAGCACUUUUAUAGCUAUAAGCGAAAUAAAAAGCUUGAUAAUAA